AUGCUAUCGACCAAAAAUAUUUCGAACAAACGAAUCCUUACAUGUACUAACACGACACUGGCGGACCAAAUGCUGACUAAGAAGGUCCAGCGUAAAAUGAAUCAAGAGGAGAUGCAAUUGAGCAUCGAAAGGCUCUCGAGGCCUUUGAAAAGAAAGACGGUGGAAAUCGCCGACAACAAGGUUAAUGAUCAGAACUACAUGUUUUACAUGAAUUUUAUCGAAAUGCAAUCGGGCAAGAAUAUUUUGAACAAACAAAUCCCAAAAUGUACUAAGACGACACUGACGGACCAAACGCACACUAAGAAGGUCCAGCGUAAAAUGAGUCAAGAGGAGAUGCAAUUGAGCAUCGAAAGGCUCUCGAGGCCAUUAAAAAGAAAGGCGGUGGAGAUCGCCGACAACAAACGGAAAGUAGCGCAAUUGAAAAUGGCUACCAACACAUUGACGAAAAAAUCACACGUACAGAAUGACCCUCGUAAGAAGCCUUUGAGUCGAAAAUCGACUCACAAAAACCAACAUAAAAAUGAAGUAAAAAAGUCGACGAAUAAAAAGAGAAGUACAUUAGAUAAAAAGGCAGAAGAUUCAACACGAAUGGACGAUAACACAACUGAAACAAUUGAAAAUGGCGAGACAUUUAAAGAGACAAUGGUGCAAGGUAUACGAGAUUUGAGCAUACCGGUGUCGUAUAUCAGAGGACAAAAUAAAGACUAUGAGCCAAUACCACAGUAUUACGAAUCUAUUGCCGAGAUAGAGGAUUUGAUAUUGCAAUAUGUAAAAAAAAAUAUCAACCAAACUUAUGAGAAGAUCAUGGCACCGGAAUUACAGAUGAUCGGGUUGGAUGUCGGCAAGCUUGAGUCAAAGAUCGAUGAACCGAAGAUACCGACUGAUGAGAUUGAGCUAAAUCCAAAAAUUAACGAGCAGGAAAUAACAAUUGGCGAUUUAAAGAACGAGACCGACGAACAAGAUCUCAAGCCACUGAUUAUCCAACUGGAGCA